GGUUGAUAUGGGUAUUCACUACUCUGAUUUCAGAGCUCAUGCUACUUUUUUAUAAUAUAUAUUUAUCAAUUGGCUUCAGCCAUCUGCAAAGCAAAUCUUAAUCAACUAACUUUUAAAAUUCAAAUUUUAAUGGCUAUUUAACGAUGAAAAUGUUCUUAAAUUCUGUAAUUAAAUUAAUAAUGAUCAAAUUAGUUACCAAAGUACCAUUACUUAGAUUAUAUAUGAAAUUACGAGCUCGACAAAUUGAUGUUGUGGAUACAGUUGAACAAUGUGAACAGAUAGCAGUCAGAUUUGAAAGAUCAACUACUUACUUGCCAAUUCUUGGACUAGAUUGUGAGUGGGUGACACAAAAUGGAUUUCGUCAUCCUGUGGCAUUAUUACAAAUUUCUGACACCAAUGGAAUGUGUUCAUUGAUUAGAUUGUCUAAGUUUAAGACUAUUCCAUCAUCUUUAUCUGACAUUUUGAGCAACUCUAAUAUAAUUAAAGUUGGUGUUGCUAUUUUGGAUGAUGCUCAUUUACUAAUGAGUGAUUAUAAUAUCAAUGUAUCUGGAUGCAUUGAUCUAAGAUAUUUAGCUAAAGAAUGUUGUUUAGAAGAAAGAAGUUUGUCAGCUCUUGCGGAUAAAUUGCUUGGAUGUAAAUUAGAUAAGGAUUGGCAUAUUCGAACAAGUGAUUGGGAAGCUGAAGAAUUGAAUGAUCGACAAACUGAAUAUGCUGCAUUAGAUGCUUAUGUAGCUGUCAAAAUUUUUGAGCAACUGAGAAAUAAUAAAAUGUCAUGGUGGAACUGGUUAUUUUUAUCAGACAAACAAAAAUGGGAUAUGGUUAUUAAAAUAUACUCAAAUUAUAAAGAUCUACCUUAUCAAAAUGUUCGAACUAAUGGAAACACUAAAUUUAAACCAAAAUCUAAUGUUCGUUCAUACUCAACUUCAACAAUAAAAUCUGCUAAAGUGUAUGAUAAUUGCUUGAUGGAAAAUGUAGAUGGAACUGUGAUGUCAACUUGUAGUCAUAAAAAAGUUGAUUGGUAUAUAUCUCAAGGUUUAGCCAAAUUGGUUAAUGAUGAUCCCAAAACUAUACGACUCAACUUCCCAGCUGACUUGAAAAAUAGAAAAGACAAUUUUUCUGUUCUUCCUCGAGAAAAUAUUUGCACAGUUUGUGGUCGUUCUGAACAUUUCCGUAAAAAAAGUAUCAUACCAAAAGAAUUUGUUCGAUUUAUGCCAACUGAACACAAAAGUCAUAUACCUCACGAUACAUUGUUAUUGUGUUAUUGGUGUCAUAUUAAAUCAAAUUCUUUUGAUUUCAUAAUACGUAAAAAAAUAUUUAAUAUGUGUCAAAUAGAAGAAAUAAAUCCUAAUGAAAACCAAAAAAUUCCAGCAUACGUGAAAAUAAUGAGAUCAAAAAGUCUUGCUAAAACUCUUUUAAAAUCUCGUCAUUCAUUACCAGAUAAAGUAGCAAAUGAAUUAAGACUAGAAAUUGCAGAAACGUAUAAUAUGGAACCAAAUCGAGUGUUUGAUGCAUUUCUUGAAACUUUACUCACCAUCAAAUCCUUAAAGUAUGAAAAUGACUGCCAACAUAAUAGUGCUGCAGAAAAAGUAGUAAAACAUUUUUUGGAACGAGAUGCAAUAAAUGAAUUAAAAGCAAUGUGGAGACAGCAUUUCCUUGAUACAAUGAAACCAAAACAUUUACCUCCGUUAUGGUCAGUAAAUUAUGAUGGGUAAAAGAAGUUUACAAAACUGAAAAUGAUGUUAAUAAUUAAAUUGUAUUAUUAAAAAUAAUAUUUAUUUUAUAUUUUAA